GUUAGAGUCAGGUAGCAGCUGUUUCUCUGAAACUGAAUGAAAACCCUCAGCAGCCUCAAUCUUUCUUGGAGGCCUUGACUUUUGUGGCUUUGCAUAUCUUGUCCAUUUGGACUGUGGCAGGGAGGUAUUGAAUGUACUGAAGAUGCAAAAUAUAAUCUGGUGUCUAAAAUAACUGCAUUAGCUCCUGCAUCUUGAAUGGAAUAUUGCUGCUGGGAGUGGCACUUGCCUUUGUGUGUUUGAGAAGCUUCCAACAGGAGCAGCUGUAGAUUUGUAGCUGAGGACUGUGAGAUGCUCCUCUGUCUAAGGGAAGAAGAAAUGUCACAUCAAGAACUCACACAGCGACUGGUCAAUGUUAUCACUCAUGUCGAUGAAAUUAUGCAACAAGAAAUAAGACCCCUGCUUGCAGUUGAUAUCAUCGAACAACUACAUAAACAGUUUGCUAUCCUAUCAGGAGGACGAAGCAGAGAUGGUGCACCAAUCAUCACUUUUCCAGAACACACUGCCUUUGGGGACCUUUCUGAUGACGAUUUUCUUAAUGUUGUAACAUAUUUGACCAGCAUUCCGAGUCUGGACGCUGCCAGCAUUGGAUUUAUCAUAAUUAUAGACAGAAGAAGAGACAAAUGGAGUUCAGUCAAAGCAUCAUUAAUGCGAAUAGCGGCAGCAUUUCCAGGGAACCUGCAGCUUGUGUUUGUGCUGCGACCUUCCCGGUUCAUCCAUCGGACCAUUGCUGAUAUUGGCAUCAUGCUACAACGAGAUGACUUUAAAAUGAAGGUACCGAUCAUUAUGUUAAAUACUAUAGCAGACCUACACAACUACAUUGAAAAAAGUCAGUUAACGAAAGACUUAGGAGGCACUCUGGAAUACUGUCACAAUCAGUGGAUUCACCAUCGAACUGCCAUUGAAAAUUUUGCCAUGACAGUAAAGGCAACAGCACAGUUAUUGCAGUCGUUUGGCACCGAACUUGCAGAAACCGAAUUACCCAAUGAUGUCCAGUGUACAAAAGUGCUGCUCACCGCUCACACAGAAAAGCACAAUGAUCUUAAGGAGAAACUGAAAUUAGCAGUUACAGAAGGCAAUACUUUACUAGUAUGUAUUAAGGAGCCACUUACUAAAAAUCCUAAUUAUGAACUGAAUUCCGAUGAACUGGAAAAUAUGGCUACCGUUGAAAGGUUACUGAUACAACUGGACGAAACCGAAAAUGCCUUUGACCAGUUUUGGUUCAAGCACCAUCUCAAACUUGAACAAUGCCUACAGCUACGACAUUUUGAACAAAACUUUCGAGAGGUGAAGAUCAUUCUGGAUUGUCUAAUGGAAACACAGGCUGCAUUCACUGACAUUGGAGACAGCGUGGCAUGUGUGGAACACCUCCUAAAGGAACUUAAACUUCAGGAAGAGAAAGCACAGGAAUCCUUAGGAAAGGCACAAUCUUUAGCUCUACAUGGAGACCAGCUUAUCCAAAGCAACCACUAUGCCAUUGAUUCCAUCCGACCAAAGUGUAACGAACUCAGGCGUAUAUGUGAUGAUUUUACCAAUGAAAUGAAGAAAAAGCAUGAUGCACUUGGAAAAUCACUUGAAAUCCAUAGGCAACUGGACAGUGCCAAAGAGUGGUGUGAUACAGGGAUCUAUCUCCUGGCAUCUCAAGCAGUAGAUAAAUGUCAGUCACAAGAAGGAGCUGAAGCAGCACUCCAAGAUAUUGAGGGGUUUCUUGAAACUGCCACACUCCAUAAGCUAACCAACCCUAAGGAGCUCCAUAAACAAUUUGAACUGUUUCUUACCUCAGAAAUUAAGAUCAAAAUACAGACAAUCCUCGAAAAGCUUGAAAAUGUUUAUGAAAUGUUUGAAAAACGUCAAUCUAGUUUAAAGAAAUUAGCAGCGAAACAGACUCGUCCAGUUCAACCUGUUGCCCCACGACCUGAAUCAUCUCCAAAACGUUCCUCACCAAAACCAGUUAAAGCACCUGUCCUCACUCCCAGUAGAAGGAGUUUAGAUAACAUUAGCAAUUCAAAGCUGCCGAUAGAGACAGAAUUAGCAAAGAAAAGAAACGCGAAGAAGCCAAAAGGAAACUUAAAGAUUGAAGUGAUGCUUGAAGCCAGUCAGGGGGGAUCCAGUCCCAUCCAAGUCACAGCUGAAAGUGAAGAAAACCUGUCUACGAGGAGGAGGCACAUCAUGAAUGAACUGAUUGACACAGAAAGGGCAUAUGUAGAAGAACUCCAGAGCAUUAUUGAGGGUUAUGCUACUGAAAUGGACAGUCAAGAGCUGGCUCCUCUGAUCCCAGCUGCACUUAAGAAUAAAAAGGAAACCCUAUUUGGAAAUCUUCCAGAAAUCUAUGAUUUUCAUAAUAGGAUAUUUCUGAAGGAGCUUGAAAAUUGCAUGGAGAAUCCUCAGCUAGUAGGAACAUGUUUUUUAAAACGGAAAGAGGAGUUACAAAUUUACGAAAAAUAUUGUCAAAACAAGCCACGUUCAGAAGCUCUCUGGAGACAGUGUGGGGAUUGCCAGUUCUUUCAGGAGUGCCAACAAAGACUGGAUCAUAAACUGUCACUGGAUGCCUACCUUUUAAAACCUGUUCAGAGGAUUACAAAGUAUCAACUUCUCUUAAAGGAAAUGCUGAAGUGCAGUAAGAAUUCAGAAGGCACUGCUGAAUUGGAGGAAGCACUGGAGACCAUGAUUAGCAUAAUUAAAUCAGUGAAUGACUCAAUGCAUCAGAUUGCUAUUACGGGAUUUGAGGGAAACUUAAAUGACCUUGGGAAACUCCUGAUGCAAGGAUCUUUUAACGUGUGGACAGACCACAAGAAGGUUCACAGCAAGGUCAAAGACUUGGCACGGUUCAAACCAAUGCAAAGGCAUUUGUUUCUCUACACAAAAUUACUGUUGUUCUGCAAGAAGAGAGAGGAAAAUGCAGAUGGACAUGAGAAGUCACCCUCAUACAGCUUUAAGCAUUCAUUGAAGAUGAGUGCUGUUGGUAUCACAGAAAAUGUUAAAGGUGACAUUAAGAAAUUUGAGAUCUGGUACAAUGGCAGAGAAGAAGUAUACAUUAUUCAGGCAUCAUCUGUAGAACUGAAGAAUCUAUGGGUUUCUGAAAUCCGGAAAGUACUGACAGGACAAUUGCAAGCUUACCGAGAAGCAAGCCAGCUAAACCAGAGGAUACAGGAACAUGUUUAUCAAGCUCCACUGACCACACCAAACAGAUACAUGAGGAAAUCAUCUUUACAGCAACAAGACAACAAGGGUGAUCCAUCUAGUUCAGAACUAAACAAGCAACAAGAGAAGUCCAGCUCCAAUAACAGACAAAAGAGAGCUGAUGUCCCUUCCAGUCAUAACCUUGACCGUUCAUCUCUUGCUAAAAAGCGAUUUACAUUGCAGGGCCUUUCCAAUCGCAGACCUCAGCAGAAAGAAUCACAGUUUAAGGAACCAACAGUAAUUCGUCGCAUUUCCUUAGCUUCCUCUGUCAGUGCUUCACGAAGUAAAGGAUCACUUUCUGGCCCAGAUGUUAAAGCUAAAAGAUAUGAAAUAAAGAGUGACCCAACUCCACUGGGGUUUGAAGAUACACUAUCUGACCCUUUCAUGACUGCAGCCAAACGUCACAGCACCGCCAGCUAUGUAACAAGAUCAGUUUCCCAGACAGGCUGGCCAUGUAAAACAAUCCCAUCAUUGGACACUUCAGAGGAUUUUGAAACUAUUCCUUCAAGUAUGGAUGAGCUUUCCAACUCCUCAGAUAUGGAUGAAGAAAUAUCUAGUAAAACUACUCCAAGUCUAUUCCGGGUAGAAGGCGUUUGUGAAUCUAAUUCCACUGAGGAACUUGCAAUACAGAAUGGUGAAGUGGUUGAGGUGCUACAAGAGGGAGAAGAGGGACAGUGUCAAGUAAGAAGUCUGGUAACUUAUAAAGCAGGGUGGAUUCCUUCCAGCCUUCUACAACCAGUUGGCUCAGAACUAAACCCGGAUCAGACUGAUAAUAAUUCAGAUUUUUACAGUGAUAUGUGUACAGCAGCGCUUGCUGAUAGUGAAGACAAGGAGAGCACACACGUGGAAAGCUAUACUUCAGGGACCAGGACUGAAAGUUGAUCUUGUGUCCCUACUUCAUCUCUCAAACUUCAGGCUUCUGUUAGGCCUACAACAACCAAGGUUCUUGGAACACUUCAGUAGCUGGGCACAUGAAGUGAGAAAGUACAUGUUACUGCUGAAGAACCAUGUAGCUGUGUGUAAAGAAUUAAAUUUCUUUGUUUGUAAUGGAUUCAUUUGUUCAUGACAAAUGCUCCUCAGUGGUAUAACAGGAUGAGCAUUAGCAGGGGCCAUGUUCUGAAGACGUAUCCCAUUCUGUUUUUGCAGUUAAUGUUUUGGCUUUCCACUCAUCUAUAUUGCUUGAUGGAACAAACCAAUUUAAAUACAGUUCAAAUGCAAUUAAUUAAAAUCUGAACUAUAGUUUUUGACAUGUUAUGAUGAACCAAACCAGUAUUUCAUAUUUUAAGCUUUGUUACAAUGUUUCCACAAGCACACGUGUGACCUGAUUCAUCUGAGCCCUGUGGCAUUUCUGGUCACAAGAUGUGAGCAAGUAAGAAAAGAGGUUAAGCAUCAUCAUAGGUGCGCUGAUAUUGAGGUUGCUAAUGUCAUGUGAAAAGCAUUUUCUCAGGAACUGGUUUCUGCUCUGCUUAGGAUAUGUGGCCAUCUUUUAUUUUGUUAGAUGAUUGUGCUGUCUUUUUAACAAAUUCUGCUCAACUAACAGUGGCCUUUAGCUACAUCCUCGAGACAACCACUGUGGGAAAAAGAACAUAUAAAGAUUUGCAUGAAAAAUGACAAAACAAUAUGGCUGGUAAAAGAUGUUUGGACUGUUGCUGAUACUUCAUUUUAAAGCACUGUAUGAAAGCUAUAUGAUGGUCCAGGUUGCAUGUUGUGAUUGUAUUUUAUUGAAUAUUUCAACAUGAUCCUUAUACUUAAAAAAACUUGUUUCAACAAUCUUGAAAAGUAUAGUGAAUCUUCUAAAGUAAAGACCUUUAAAGACUGAUUAAUGUGGAAUGUUUUGUGUACAUUUAACAGAGAUAGCUGUCAAUUUAUGUGAGGGGUCUUAAUUUUUACAAUAUGAUUUGCAAUAAAUGUAGUGCAGGAUUGGAGGGGUGAUGUUUGGUUAUCAGUUAAUUCAUGACUAAAGGUGAAAAAAAAAGUAGGAAGCAAUGGUUUAGUAAAAAAUUCAGACAAACAAUGAUAAAAAAUAACUAGAUUGUUUCAUGAUCUUGUUGAGGUGAAGUAUGAAGAGAUAAGAUGAAAGUUCAUCUUCCCCAGAAAUCAGAGCAUAAGAUACUGCAAUUGGUGUUUAUUGAGGAUUCAGUGUCCAGAAAGGUUGUAAUUUAAAUUUAGCUUUAAUUGAAACAUUCCAAGGAAGUACUGUUUGGUAAUGGAAACAUUAAGUUUCAGUGUGAGUUUUGAAUAAAUACACAGCAUUUCUCUUUCAGCUUGCUGGAAUGGACAGUUUGCUUUGCAAUUUACUCUUGAUAUUUCAGAGUGGUCCAUGUCAACAACAUACACUGAAA